ACCGAGCUCUUGCGGCAGUCAGCGCGGAACGAGCGGCGCACGCGCACGUCACGUACCAACCUUGUGGUACCCAUACGCGAUCGCGUCAAACAGUGCUACCAUUCGUGCCCGUUACAAUAGUGUUUCAUAACAGUGCUUGUUUAUUUUUUUAAUUUGAACCUAUUUGGACGUGCCGUGGCCAGCCAACGACUCUGCAUAGAGAUAACGACCGUACCGUUUCCAAUGCCGCCCCUCACUAGGGCGUGUCAAAGGAGACGUUAAAUAAACGAGUAAACAGACGACAAUGUGACGAGCCGUCCACACUGACACGUGAUUGUCCGCCAUCUUGACUGAUCAUAGACAAGUUGUAUUACCAGAACAAAGAUGGCGCCACUGCUAUGGUGUGUACUGAUGUGUAUGGUGGCGGUCGCGCGGACUCAGUCUAACUAUGGCUCGCAGGCGAACAAUAUAGAGUACCAAGGCGAGGGGCUGCCCGAGCAAACAGUGCUGGAUGGAAAGGUCACAAAACUGGAUGAUCUAAGUCCAGUCAUCUUCUUGAACAGAACUAAGGCGGCGCUCAACUGUGCUGCUGGUUCCAUGCAGGUUGAGUUGAAGUUCAACGAGAAGUUUUAUGGUAUCGCGUACGCGGAUUUCGACAGACACUCCGCUUGCCAAGUGGUCGGCAAGGGAGCGCUCUCCUAUAAGCUAGAGCUGCCCUUGAAAGGAUGUGGGACAAAACAGGACCCUCUACGUGUGUUCACGAACAACAUAGUGGUGAGGUUCCACCCGGGCCUCGAGAUGGACGGUGACGAGGUGAUCACCAUCGUGUGCCGCUACCCCCCGCCGAUAGUACCGCAGCCGAUACCCAAUCCGUUUAUUGCAGUGACACCUAAGAGUCCAUUGCCCAUACAGUCACCCCUAGCCGGCACUCACAUCUUGAUGAUAAUCUGCGCGAUCCUGUUCCUUACGUUGCUUCUCUUGGGCCUGGGAGUGUCGUACCUUUGCCUGAGGAGGCGAGCUCUACCGCCACCUAGACGGCUGAUCGAUGACUCGACGCCAUCUAUAGCUAGCAGCAUACACACUGUAAAGAUUCCUCGCGCCACGUAUCCACCGGCGUUGAGGCAGGAAACAGUGAGUGUGGCCUCCGACACCAUCCCUUCGGACUAUCCCUCCGAGACGCCCAGCGAAGCUGAACAGACACACACCAACGCUGGGUUCACAUUGGACGAGCACUACAGCGAAGGCUACGGUGAGAUGCAGGAGACGAGCACGACCCACAGCCGGCUGGUGAGCGCGCCGCCCGCCUUCGACGUGCACGUGCGCGUGCAGCAGCCCCCCGUGCCGCCCUCGCCGCCUUCCACCAUCACCGCCACCGAGACCGACGCCGGCAGCAUCAGACAAUCGCUGAUGAUAGAGCAACACGAGCGCGAACGACAGGAGUCCGUCCGUACAGUGUCACCAGGGGCUUUGCCGCUACCAGCACGUGCGGCUCACCUUCCGCCACCCGAGCGACCGCCUCGACCAGCAGUGUACCCGCCGCGACAGGAGUGGUCGAGGCCGCCGCGUUCUAUCGUCUCUCUGAACACCGAGAUGACGGACACCCAUUCCGUUACCGAGGUCACUGACCGUUCCCAUGCCAAGAUGUUCCAUAUCAAGAAACCGCCUCCGCCACCUCCAAUGAUGAGCGAGCAUUUGCAAACAGAGGAGCAAGAGAUGUUGAUGGAGAGCUUGGAACCAAUACCGGAGACGCCAAUUAUGCCAGCCAGGAAACCCGAAAUAACGUCUCACGUAGUGGACGACGUAUUCCUACGGACGAUCACAGAGAAGAAGACCAUUGAAGAUAUUGAGAGGCACAAGCGGCUCGUCACAGAGUACAAGCAAGUGCCACCACCACCGCCGCAGUUCGAUGUCACCAUACGCAAUCACACGAUGCCCGAGGCACAAUGGGAGAACUUCUCUGACAUCAGUAGCGCUUCAGGGAUGACACUCACGCCGAAGAUGGAGAGGGUCCCAUUGUCGUUGCCGCCGCAGAAGUAUAUAGGAAAAGGCGGACCUGACCUAUUCUCUCCUGAGUUGAUUAAGCAGACAGGAAACGUGUAUCCACCACCGAGGUCACCCAACGAGCUACCAGUACUUCCCGAAUUGCCUCCUGCCCGCAAUCCUCUGUACCGGGAAGAAGAUGACGAGGAUGUACCAGAACCUACGCCUGCACCGCCAGUGCCACCCAACUGGCAUGUGCUGACAAGAGUACUGAAGGUCGAAGCACAGGAUGAAGUGGUGUUGGAGUCGGAGCGGUCGUGGCGGCUGACGCGCGCGGAGCGGCUGCGCUGGCGCGAGCUGAUCGCGCACGAGAGCACGCUGCGCCGCGAGCUGGCGCGCGCCGCCGCGCGCGACGACUACGCGCGCCUCGCGCGGGACCACCGCUUCGCGCCGCUCUACCCGCCACACAAGUGGGACGUCAUCAUACGCAUCCUCGCGCCGCCGCCCGACAAGCCCAAGAAUCGGUACCGAAAGAAGAGCGAGUGGGACUCGCGAUCACGACGGAGCUCACUGCCGACCCUGUAUGAGUACGAUAGCGACGCCACCUCGCUGCGGGAGCCGCAGCGGUCGCGCCGUUCCUCCUAUCGUAGCGAUCACGUCGACAUGAGAUCAAUGUCUGAGAUGAUGGUGGACUAUGCUCGCGAACAAGCAGACACACAUUCCGAAGUAUCGGCUGGUACACAACUUGGCCGGUACUAUGACGACGACAGCGACACUGAACACCCCUUCCAUCAGAGCCAAUCAUGGGGCCGGCACUCACUGCACCGGUCGGUGAGCCAGCCGUCGUUAGCACGCUCGGCUACCGAGGUGGUGGAGCAGUGGACCGCCCCCGACGGGGACGUCACGCCCACCCCCGGCCGACGGGUCAGAGGACCACAAGGACUCACUACGUUCACGUCAUCCGAAGUACGCACGUUCCAAGCAACGAAGGAAUGGCGCGAAUAAAAUAUCCGGACAUUUUGAAUUAAGACAAAUUCAUUUAAGUGGGUACCAAUUGGAACGCCUAUUAUUAUUCUUUUAUUUAAGUGCUCAUAAUUUCGAUCAGUAACGACUAGAUUCACAAUUAAUGAUCCAAAAUAUUCCUAUCGGAAUAGCAUAUUUAGUAGAAUUAUCAAAACAUGUUUGUCCUUAUAAAUCUUUAUCAAUUUUAGGAUAUUAUUGAUUGGAAGGUGACUGUGAGUCUAGUUAUUAGUGAUUGAUAGCUCACAAUAAUCGAUAUACAAAAUUAAGUAGCGCCAUUUAGAGGCACUACGGAGUAAACGAGUGUUAGUGAUGCACCUAUCGUGCUAUUGAUUAUUACUAAUAAUCGAUAUUAUACACGGUCUUGCUGACGUAUGUUCAGAAGCAUAAAUAUCACUGCCUAGGUGAUAAACGUCACUGCCUUCUAUGACAAUAAUAUGCCACUGUGGAAAUCGUAGAUAGAGAAACCUAUGUAAAUGAUGUAGGUAGCAUUCUUAAUCUAUGGUUAAUUAUUAUAAUUGUGUGUAAAAUUUGACAGAUAUACAUUGUAUAAGUGCAUUUUGUAUUUGAGAAUAUUUUUCAUUAUAUUACAUAACAACAAAAGUUUUUAACAGAAAUAUAUUUGUUAGUUUUGAAUUACUUAAUGAAAAUAUAUGUACUUUAAUAUAAUAAAUGAAACUACAUGUUUCAUUUAUUAUAUUAAAGUACAUAUAUUAUAUUACAGUCACCUUUAGGAAUAUUAAUAUUUUUGCUAAUAAAAAAAUAAAUAUAAUAUACAAAAUCUAUCAAGAAAAAAAUCUGAAACGCUUCCAAUAAAUUAUAAUGAUAUAAAUACUUAUUAAGGGAAAUAUUUUAGCAAUACGAAAGGUCAACUAAUUAUCUUAGAUAUAUAAGAAUAGUAUAACAUCGAUAUAUAAUAAUGCAAAUUUUAAUAGUUUAUUUUAAACUAACAUUGUGCCAAAAUAAAUUUUUAUAUUGCUUCCUAACAUAAAUUUUUUAUUCCUUAUAGUCGCUAUGUGAAUAUAGCUAUAUAUUUCAUUAAAAAUACCGUGUAAAAAUAUAUUGUGAAGAUUAUGUCACCAGUCUUAGGUAGGUACUAUAUAAGGUACAUAAUAUAUAAAUAUAUGUAUUACAAAAUACGGAAUAAGUUUAAUAAAAUUUAAAAUAGUUCAUGUAGGUACAUAUAUAUUAUACUUCAUAAUAUUUUUAUAUAAAUGAAUAAAACCAUCAUUUUACUAUUUUAAAUUGAAAAUCCAAUCACGUAUGUAACGUAUAUAUAUUUUUUUCUUAUAUUUUAUAUAUUUGAAUCUGUCAAAUAAUUGCUUUUAAAUAAUUAUAAAUUGUAUAUACUAAUUGUGUUUUUAAGUAAAAUCGGGAUGUAUAAAAACCUAGCAGCCGAGGCAAGAUACACAUGCUCAUGUGGUCGGUAUACUUUUAUACAUAUAUAUUUUUUUAUAUAUUAUACAUAUAAGAAAGUAGCCGAUUUUUGUUUUUAUACAAUGCUAAUAGAUUCUUGCCUUGAUUGCUAUGUGCUGGUAGAGAGGGUUAUAUGGCGAUGGGGAUGUGCAAGUGUGCUCAACUAACUUUUAAUAGUUUAUUACGAAUUUUUAAUCUGGGACAAUAUGAAUUUAUAAAUUAUUUAAUAAUUAUGGAUUCAGUGAUUCAUAUUAUAAAUUAUUAAUUCCUGUUUACUUUUUAAGAAUGUAUUCGCAAAUAAAUACUUACUGAAUUCUAAAAAUUUUCUACUAGUUUUAUUGUAUUUUAAAUUAAGAAGGAUCUUUGGAACUGACUAAAGGAUUAGAUAAAUGCUUCUAAAAAUAGAUCUUUAUAAAUUGUUAAAAUUUAAAUAUCUUGUUGUCUCAGAUUAGUUAGAGAAUACAAAACAGGUGCUAUACGAAAUUUACAUAAUAAUGUUACACACAUAACAUGUGGAAAUAGAAUAUGAUGUACUUACAAAAGGAUUGCAUGGAUUUUGAUAUUUGAAAUAUACGUACUUUAACAAUUUUA